CUGGAUUGCCAUCGCGUCUAUUGCAUCCACACUGUCCCUUUCAAAGGCCGUGGACUCUGAUGGGCACGUCAUUGAACCUAGCGACACGUUCACUGGUGAAUCUUUGAGCUUCCCCUUGCCUUUCAAAUGUGUGUUCAAGGCGCGUUCUACCCAGGCGCAGGCACUGAUAGACCCGGAACGGUGUUGAACGGGAAAUGGAAAGCCUGGAAAUUUUCGAAUAGCGACCUCACGAUGAUCGCCGAUCGUAUAACGUGGUAUUAUCUUACCGGCGGUUGUUAACCAGAAUUGCUUCUUGUCCUUUACCACCAUCAUCUAUGCAGUCUCCAAUACAGCUCAUUACUUCUGCUAUUCUCCACCUCUAUGCCUACAUCCAACGUCUGUUCUUCUACAUAUCUACUGUAACACGACCGUCACGUCUAACUCGCUCAAACGACACACCGUUUCUCUAUGACUCUGGCAUGAGCCUCAACGACCUCGAACGGGGACUCCAAGAUCUCCAGCCGACUACAUAUUCGCAACAAGACCGUUGCCAGUCCGUCAUGGACAUAUCCUGCGCCAACUCCAAAGUUAGCACCAAUGUCUCGCGCCCAUCCAGCACCACCGAAUGCGAACCACACAUUUCUCAUUUCGUCAAACAUCGUGACACUCUAGAUAGCACCAAAAGUAGCGACGCGCUACGACGCAGGAGCUAUUCUUUAUCCUAUUUCUCUCCUCCGGAACCCCGUAUACAUCAAAGGAAACGAAGCUCUACGGUUUGGUUCAAGAAGCCCGCCACGACUGGAGAUUACAAAAGGUUUUCCGACUACGACGAUGGUGAUGAUACGAACGUAGUGGCGCGAGUUCGCCGGGCGAUCGAAGAAUGCGCAGAAGAAGAAGACGUAAGAGCUAUCUUUGAUAGGCGGUCUGCUUGGGAUACUAUCAAGUCUGUUGUCAUCGACGAGGACGCUAUUCUGGAGGAGACAGAAGAUUCAUUCAGCAUGUGUUCCAGCUCUGUGCCUUCGACACCAGUACCACCAUCCCAAAGCGAAUCUACUCAGGGUUUGGAAUUCGCCAAAACCUCAGACACCUCAGAGCUCGCCUACACUAAUCAAGAUUCUGCCAUGGUUUCUUCCGUUAGCACCUUCGUCACAGGAUUCCCUACGUACAAGUCUCUCGACAACGUCUUAGCAGCGCUGGCUCUUCAAUCGACUGGGGAGGUCUCAUGGUCGGAUCUGGUAUCGUUCUCGGAAGGCAAUUGUAUUGAGAUACUGGAAGAAGGCAAAGUAGUUUCUCACGCAAACGGCUUCGGGUCGGCUAGAAGCGACGUGCCCUGGUCAGAUCUCUUGUCGUUAGAGCCGUAUGAUGGAUAGAAUUUUCCUUCCCUAUUACCAAGUUUCUACUAGUCAUCUUGAUAGAACGUAUAUUGAGCUGGAGAUAUUCAAUUAUAAUGCCUAGAAAUACAAGUGUUGGACGACUUGACGUAUACUAAAGUCCACGACGA